CCCUGUACACUAAGUGGACCCCAUCUCUGGAGUCAAUGUAGGAAAGGGCGGGGUCCGAGAAGCCACGUACUGUGGUGCCAGAACGAUAUUAAUGUGGAUGGAUUGAUCUCGCCCAUGAAUGAAGCCUGUCAUUCACCUCAUCGACCUUGUCGUUGUAGCCAGGAAAGAUCACCCAUGGCUAGCGACGGAGGAGUUGACCGAUACUUACAUGGUUAAACCCCAACCCCAGAACGGAGGAACUCGGCGAUGGACACAAGAUCAACACACAGUUUUUUAGGGGAAUGUCUGCUAUCACAUAAGUCGUUACCCCCUAAGAACAGAGAGCUGUCGUCAGCAGUAAACACCAGUCUUGAUCCGAAUGUCACGACAAGUCAAAGUUCAGAGUAUGAUGACGCGCACACAAGUGGCGAGGUAGUGGAUGGCUGUACUAACCAAAGGCACAAUAGUGGUUGUUGCUCACAUACACAAGGGGAUCCUGCACUUUAUGAAGCUUGGUGGCAAAUUGACCUUGGUGAUCAAGUCGUCAUCGAAUACGUCAAGAUAUAUUACAGAGGUGAUGGAUCACAUCAGACAGCUCGAUUCGCUGGUUAUCAAGUAUACCUGUCAAAUACAACAGGUUGGAGAAACAGUGAUAUCUGUCAUAACGACACAACUUCUACACAAAGUAUGGUGGACCUAACCCCACGAAUCACAUCAUGUACAGGCAACACCCGAUACCUGACAAUUUACGUCGACCGUCAAACACUAGCUUACUCUUGGUACUCUGCAAAAGCUAUACUGGAGCUCUGUGAAGUACAAGUUUAUGGUUGUCCAGUAGGAAAAUAUGGUAACAGUAACUGUGGUAGCAACUGCGAUGCGACCUGUGUGAAUAGCCUGUGUCAUCCUAACAGCGGCCAGUGCACAUACUGUGCAGCAGGAUUCUAUAAAGCUGAGGUUAGGUGUAUACCUUGUUCACAAAAUUGUUUAAACGACGUAUGUGAUGUUGAGACAAGCACUUGUUCGGCUUGUAUCAGUGGGUACUAUGGCAGCCAGUGUGACCAAUCGUGUCCAGACAACUGUCCAGACAAGAUAUGUGACCAAUAUAGCGGGGUGUGUACAGAAUGUGUGCCUGGUGUGUUUGGCCCCAACUGCACUCAGACCUGUCCUGUCAGCUGUCAAGACAAGUGUGAAAGAAACACCGUUUUUGAUCUGCACACUUGUUCUAGUGAAUAUAUAGAGCCAGGUAAAACAGGUCAUUUUAACACUUUGUAAUAUGCAUUGUCAAAUUUAAAAUAAUGAAAAUAUACAGAUCAAAAAUUAAAUACCUGCAAUAUAUUUAAUUUCACACGUGUUUUCCUGCUUUGUUUGGUUCUGCAAUAUUGAUGGCCCCAUCGCUCUCUGUGCACAUUUGUGCGCGAUAUGCGGAUAGUGUUCUUUAUGAGUUAUGUGCUAAUACACAACCGUGCUUACACUUUUGUAAUCGUAUAUUGUGUAAGCAUAGGAUUCAUCAAAACAUAAACUUACGUAAUGGAUUGUGAUUUCAAUUUAUAAUUUUUGUUUAGCUGUACACUUCAUUAUUGUGUAAACGAUGACUGACAUUUUUAAGUAAAGUGAAACUUGUCUUGUCUUUACAUGUUAAACAGUAUUUACUUGUACACAUUUUACUAUAAUCUGUGUAUCUUAUCUUUGCAGGGUUUGAUCAUAAUGAUUAUUGAAAAUGUACAUCAAGAUAGAGAAGAAUGUAUACUCAAACCUUUGUUACAAACACCCAUUGGAGGAGAAUUUCUUAAAAUAGAAACGCUAUAUACUGUCACUUAUGAUUCAUUUUAUAUAUAUGUAGUAUUCUUCUGUAAAAUAUCGAAGUCUUGCUUUACUUAUAUCAUUACCAUACUUCAUAUCUUUAUCUUCACCUUUAAACAUAUCAUUUUAUCAAUAUACAACUCCGUAAUUGAUGUCCAUAUGAUAUUUAUGUAAUGGUAAAAUAAAAUAAUAAGCUUAUAUAUACCAUCAGCUUUGUUAAGAAGAACAGUUUAUUUGUAUGCGUAAACAUUUGUUUGUUUGCUUCCUCAUGCACCCCUAGAAGUUGGAAGGUCGAGACUAGCGUGUGACCUUAUCUGUCAAUUGAGCGGAAAAUACUAACAAACAGAAGGCCAUCUUAAAGGUAGUUGAAAAAAUGUAUAUACUUAUUCAAAUUGAACAACAAUUAUGACACUGUUCAAAAGCUAAACGAUGUCACGAAAGUCAAUUCAGUAAAACCUGCAGGAGUGUGAUGAAUUCGUAUUAUGUUAUUAUUUAUACCAAUCGCCUUAUUCCUGUUAUGCAGUAAUUCAUAUAACAUGGUGAAUGGUCCCUUUUAAUAAUAUGCAAUGUAUAUAUAUUCAACACAAUGUCACACUAUACACUGUAUAUACUUUUAAAAAUCAGAUAUUUUUAACUUAAAAUUCAUUGUCGCUUAUUAUUAUCCUCCAUAUCUUUCAUGACGUCUUAUUGAAUUCCAUUUGAAUAUUAAUAAAACAAUUUACUAUUCAAUGGGAUGUAUGUAUGUAUAUAUUACUGGGUGCCUAAAGAGGGCCCAAGUAAAGAUUUUAAGCAAUAUUACAGUAAUUUUCGACUUAUAAUCCAGAUGGUAAAUUCGAUAACACGGGAGCCCAUUGUUACAUAUCACAGUAGUGCGCAUAAACAUAUUCGUAUUUGGCACAUUCAGACUGCUUUUGCGUGUAUCGGAUGAGCGGGUUGAAAGCUACACCAUGUCAACACGUGAAGUGUAAACACUAUGUUGAAAUUGUACGACACAUGUGAUACUAGAACGCAUACUACCGCCUGCGGUAAGUACCGUACCCAUUAACACUAUUCAACAUCAUGUUUGUAAAUGUUUUGAACAUGCUGUGUUGAUAAUCAGCGAAAUUUCAUAUAGUGAGCUAUUUAUAGAAACCUUUGUGUUUUGGGUAAAUACAGAUGCUCUCAUUGUAUUGUGUGUGUUAAUAAAGUGAUUAAUACAACAAGUACACAUGUUAUAUGAAAUUCUACAGCAUUAGUUCACUUUCAUUUGGUAUUGUUUAUAUAGUGAAUAAAGGUUUUAUACACGGUAGUUAUUCGUUAUUUAUAAGGAACGCACGUGUUAGUGUAUGAAGGUGUCGUAUGCCGUACUUAUGUGCAAUUUAUAGUUAAGAUUUUCACUUUCAUAUGUACAUUAAGUCAAGUCAGUGUCAUUGUUGUAAAUAAU